AUGCCGCGACAAGUUGAUCAAUUGCCCGCGCCGGCGGAGGUGAAGAAGAUGAAAGUUAUUGUUGCGAGUGCGAGUCGAACAGGUACACUAGGCCUGUACCGCGCGAUGCAAAUCCUGGGCUACAAGGCUUACCACAUGUACGAAUGCUGCGCCGUGAACGGAGUCGCACACAUGCGAACGUUGGAAGAGGCGAUUAUCUCGCAACAUAAUCGGCUGUCCGGGCUCCAGAAGUAUGAGCGGGCUGAUUUUGAUCGGUGGCUUGGUGACUACGACUGCAUCGUCGAAGUCGCCAGUUUUAUCGGAAAAGACAUCAUAGAAGCCUACGCCGCCGAUCCCGAUGUCAAAUUCAUCCUCACAGAACGCGAUCCGGACAAGUGGGCGCGGUCGGUAAACAAUACAGCCGGACACGUGGUGAACAUGGAGAAAAAACUCCCAUUCUCGGUAUUGAAGUACUUCGACCCGUACGUCUCGAGUUUUCUCUCGCUGAACGUCACGAUUUACCGCGCUCUUGCGGGGAGUACGGCGCCCGGGGAUAAGGAUAAUGAGCGGAUGUUGAGGAAGCUUUACGUGGACUACAUCAAAAUGGUCAAAGAAACCGUCCCCACCGACCAAAUUUGCAUCAUCCGACUGGAAGAUGGACUCGACUGGACAAAAAUAUGUCCGUUCCUCGGUGUCGAUGUGCCAAAGGUGGAAUAUCCCGACCGAAAUGAACCCGAGAAGUUCCAGGCGAUGGUUCAGGAGUUUUUGCAGCCAAAGCUUAUUGCGGCGGCGAUGCGGAUGAGUGCGGUUGUUGUUCCUGUUUUGGGGGUUCUUGGGUGGGCGGGUAUGAGGUAUGGGUCUUCUGCUUUUGCUUUUGUGGGUGGGUUUGCUUAA